AUGUCCGUCGCCUCCGCCCACCACCUGCGGCCGUCGCUGGCGGGCCCGGCCCGGCGCCCGGGCUGCGCCGCGGCGCCGCGCGUGUCGCUCUGGCCAGCCGGUGCCUCGCCCCCGUAUCGCGGCCGCUGCACCGUCGUGGCGGCGGCGGCGCCUGCCGCGGGCGCCGGCGGCGGCGAGGCAGCCUCGGCCCCCGCCGCCGUGUCGGCGGUCGCCCCCGCGGCCGCCGCCAGGGACAAGGUGCGGCGCCACACGAUUUCGGUGUUCGUCGGGGACGAGAGCGGCAUGAUCAACCGGAUCGCCGGGGUCUUCGCCAGGAGAGGCUACAACAUCGAGUCGCUCGCCGUGGGGCUCAACAAGGACAAGGCCCUCUUCACCAUUGUCGUCUCCGGAACCGACAGGGUGCUCAACCAAGUCAUUGAGCAGCUCAAUAAGCUUGUCAACGUCCUUGCUGUCGAAGAUUUAUCUAAAGAACCUCAGGUUGAAAGAGAGCUGAUGCUUAUAAAACUAAGCGUUGAACCUGAUCAGCGCCCUGAGGUCAUGGUUUUAGUUGAUAUUUUCAGAGCAAAAGUUGUUGAUAUAUCUGAGAAAACACUUACCAUAGAGGUAGCUGGAGAUCCUGGCAAAAUUGCUGCAGUGCAGAGGAAUCUAAGGAAAUUCGGAAUCAAAGAAAUUUGCAGGACAGGAAAAAUUGCUUUGAGACGUGAAAAAAUUGGUGCAACAGCCCGUUUCUGGCAAUUUUCUGCUGCUUCUUACCCAGACCUUAUAGAGGCAUUGCCGAAAAAUCCAAUUACAUCUGUAAAUAGGACAGUGAAUGGCAGUUUUGAUCAACCAUCCAAUGCUGGGGGUGAUGUCUAUCCUGUGGAAUCUUACGAGAGCUUAUCCGCAAACCAUGUGCUUGAUGCUCAUUGGGGUGUUCUGGAUGAUGAUGAUGAUGCAACUGGACUUCGCUCGCAUACCCUCUCCAUCCUUGUGAAUGACUGUCCUGGUGUCCUCAACAUUGUAACAGGAGUCUUUGCUCGCAGGGGCUACAAUAUACAGAGCCUUGCUGUUGGCCCAGCUGAGAAGGAAGGCAUUUCACGUAUUACAACAGUUGUUCCUGGUACUGUUGAAUCCAUUGAGAAGUUAGUUCAGCAGCUUUACAAGCUUGUUGAUGUGCAUGAAGUUCAUGACAUUACCCCCUCACCUUUUGCUGAAAGGGAACUGAUGCUUAUUAAGGUUUCUGUAAACACUGCUGCUCGGAGGGAAAUCCUAGAUAUUGCCGAAAUCUUCCGAGCAAAACCUGUUGAUGUUUCUGACCAUACAGUAACGCUUCAGCUUACUGGAGAUUUUGACAAGAUGGUUGCACUACAAAGGUUAUUGGAGCCAUAUGGCAUCUGCGAGGUCGCCAGAACUGGACGAGUGGCACUGGUCCGUGAAUCGAAGGUCGACUCCAAGUGUUUGUUAAGUGGUCAGCUGCUGUUGCUUGAUGUUUGGGAUUCAUUUGGGUCGUUUUUAAGUUGUAGUCGACCAUGUGUGUUAUGCAUUUUUGACGGGGUUCUCAUCAGCGCCGCCAACAACAAGCAGCAUGGCGCUGGUAUGAAUGAAAUUAGAGUCAAAACUGACGCUAACAAUGGUGCUAUCUUCCUGUACUACAACGGAAGCGGUGUCCCUGUCAACAUCCACAAAGAGGAUAUCUACAGACCGGAGGCGGUAUUCAGCAGCUACCGCACCAACAACAAGUACAAGGACGUUGUGGUAGCCAAUAUCUUGUCCACUCUAUGCAUUGUCCAGACAUAUGACGGGUACAAAAAGUACAAACAGUGCUUAUACAUAAUAAAAAGACAGCUAACCAACCAGUUAGAUGACGAUGAUGCCCUUAAUCUGAAGUACUUAACUAGUUUUGUACUGAUAUUCUUUGAAAACAUGGUCAAGAGAAAGAAGGCUGAAAUUUCCGAUUGGAAGGAUAGAAAUAAGUGGACCAGUAUUACUUUCAAGCCUGAUCUUGCAAAGUUCGGUAUGUCUAAAUUAGAUGAUGAUAUUGUUGGCCUCAUGAGGAAGAGAGUAGUUGAUUUUGCGGGCUUGCUUAGCAACACUGUGACUGUCAAAUUGGAUGGAGAAAAGCUGCAUGUAAAUAGCUUCUUAAAAUAUGUAGAUUUGAUACAUGAGAUUGUAAAUGACAGGUGGGAGGUAUGCGUGUGUCUAAGAGAAGGGCAACAGUUUGAACAGAUCAGCUUUGUCAACCAGUUUGCAACAACAAGGGGUGGAACUCAUGUUGAUUAUGUGGCUGACAAAAUUGCCACCCAUGUGGCAGAUACAAUGAGUCAAAGUAGCAAAGAUGCUUCGUUCAAAGCACAAACUGUGAAAAGCCAUUUAUGGAUUUUCAUUAAUUCUUCCAUUGAUAACCCGACCUUCGAUUCAUAG